AUGAGUUUUAGAAAUACAAAAAAGCAUACAAAUGAAAAAAUAAAUAUAAAUAAUUCUAAUAAAAGAGAUUACAAGAAACAAGUAAUUGUUUCAUCUUCAGAUAAUCUUAAUGAUUUGUUAAAUAAUACUACUACUUUAGAAAGUACAGGCAUUAUAAAAGACAAAAAAAAAAGAUGUAAAAAGAAGCAAGAAAUAGUUGCACCUAUAUCAUCACAAAUUACUAAGUUUUUAAAAGAUGAUAUUCCUAAUAAUGAUGUUAACAUCAUUCUUAUCAAUGAUAAUAUUUUAAAUACUAAUAGUAAUAGUAUUUAUAAUAAUAAUAAUGUUUUUAAUAAUAUUUUUAAUGAUAAUGCAUUAAUAACUUAA